GAGCCGGAGCCGGGCGGGGGUGGAAGCGCCACAGCGGAGCCGGUUGCGGUCGCUGCAGCAGCGGCACCGAUGAGCGGGGUCCGGGUCCCGAGCGGCGCCCCGGGGAGGCGGCCGGGGGCAGCAGGAGCCCCCGUCGCGGUCCUGCUGCUGCUGGGGCUGCUCCUGGCCGCCGCCGCCGCCGCGGGAUGCGAGCUGGAGUCCGGGGACGUGGCCAGGGGCAGAAGAAGAGGCGGCGCCUCCGCGGCAGAGUCCCCGGCAGUGAUGACAGAUACCUGUAGUUCAUUGAGUCCACCAUGCUUUACGGAGGAGGACCGAUUCAGUCUGGAAGCUCUCCGCACGAUCCACAAGCAAAUGGAUGAUGACAAAGAUGGUGGUAUUGAAGUAGAUGAAAGCGAUGAGUUUAUCAGAGAAGACAUGAAAUAUAAAGAUGCUUCCAAUAAACACAGCCAUCUGCACAGAGAAGACAAACAUAUCACCAUUGAGGAUCUGUGGAAACGCUGGAAAACCUCUGAAGUUCACAACUGGACUCAAGAGGAGACUCUUCAGUGGCUGAUAGAAUUUGUUGAAUUGCCCCAGUAUGAGAAGAAUUUUAAAGACAGUAGUGUCAAAGGAACAACACUUCCCAGGAUAGCAGUAAAUGAACCUGCUUUUAUGAUCUCUCAUCUGAAAAUCAUUGAACGGAGCCACAGACAGAAACUUCAGCUGAAGGCGUUGGAUGUUGUUUUAUUCGGACCUCUCGCACGCCCAUCUCACAACUGGAUGAAGGAUUUUGUACUAGCAAUUUCUAUAGUGAUUGGUUUUGGAGGCUACUGGUUUGCACAUACUCAGAACAAGACAUCAAGAGAGCACAUCACAAAAAUGAUGAAAGAUCUAGAAAGCCUCCAGACAGCAGAGCAAAGCCUUCUUGAUGUGCAGGAGAGGCUUGAGAAGGCACAGGAAGAAAACAGAAAUGUUGCUGUAGAAAAACAAAACCUGGAGCGCAAAAUGAUGGAUGAAAUCAGUGAUGCAAAACGAGAAGCUUAUCGACUAAGGGAGUUGAGGGAGGGAGCCGAAUGUGAACUGAGCAGACUCAAGUAUGCAGAGGAGGAACUAGUACAGGUUCGCAUGGCUUUAAAGAAGGCCGAGAAGGAGUUUGAGCUGAGAAGUAACUGGUCUGUUCCUGAUGCAUUGCAGAAAUGGCUCCAAUUAACACAUGAGGUUGAAGUUCAGUACUACAAUAUUAAAAGACAAAAUGCAGAAAUGCAACUAGCGAUUGCUAAAGAUGAGGCAGAAAAAAUUAAAAAGAAGAGAAGCACUGUAUUUGGGACAUUACAUGUUGCACACAGCUCCUCCCUAGAUGAGGUGGACCACAAAAUCCUUGAAGCAAAGAAAGCACUCUCUGAAUUGACAACAUGUUUGCGAGAGCGUCUCUAUCGAUGGCAGCAGAUUGAGAAGAUCUGUGGCUUUCAGAUAGCACACAACUCAGGAUUACCAAGCCUGACAUCCUCUCUCUACUCUGAUCACAGUUGGGUGGUGAUGCCCCGAGUCUCCAUUCCACCUUACCCAAUUGCUGGGGGAGUUGAUGACUUAGAUGAAGACACCCCUCCAAUAGUUGCACAGUUUCAUGGGUCCACUGUAAAGCCUCCCAGCACAUUAGCAAGAAGUAGUAGUGUGUGUCGCUCAAGGCGGAACGUUGUGCCAUCAUCUCCACAAUCUCCGCAUACUCAACAUGCUCAACAUACGCCGCAUACCUUGCAUUCCCCUGACCCUGACAUCCUGUCAGUGUCAAGCUGCCCUGCUCUUUAUCGUACUGAGGAGGAGGAAGAGGCAAUUUACUUCACUGCUGAGAAACAAUGGGAAGUGCAGGAUGCUGGUUCAGAGUGUGACUCCUUAAACUCAUCCUUCGGAAGGAAACAGUCUCCUCCUUCAAGUCUUGAGAUGUACCAACCUCUAUCUCCACAAAAGGUAUCCCCGGAGGAACUGUCGCUAGAGGAAUCGUCCACAGGAGACUCCUCAUCACUAACUGCAGAUAUUUCCAGGGGUUCUCCUGACUGCCCAGGCCUAACAGAAACUAAAAGCAUGAUAUUUAGUCCUGCGAACAAAGUGUACAAUGGCAUCCUGGAGAAGUCCUGCAGCAUGAACCAGCUUUCUAGUGGGAUCCCAGUCCCAAAGCCUCACCACACCUCCUCUUCCUCAGCCAGCAGUGAAAGUAAACCCAUUCAUGAAGUCUCCACUGUCCCUAGGAUCAGUAGCAUCCCACAGGAUCCAUGCCAGAAUGGCGAGAAAAACAAAAAGCCAUCAAAAAUUAAAAGCCUCUUUAAGAAAAAAUCUAAGUGACGCACAGAGAAGUAACCCAUAACAGUGGCAAUGUUAGGCUUCCUAAACUUCAGGAACGUAGUUCCAUUUGGGUCUUCCAGACUGGACGUCAUAGUGGAAUGCCCUGUAGGUCAACUGUCUACUAUUUAAAUGACCCUAACAUUAAAGAUCAUGCCAGCUGUUAAUGAGAAAUCAAAAGUUCAGACAGUUUAGUUAUUUCUGCCUAUUUAUUUCUGCUUUGUUUUUAGUUAUCUAUAACUUUUUAAAAAUGCCACUUUGGACUGACAAGCUUUAAUGGACUAGUAAGCCUGCAUGGGCUUGCCAAAAUUUCUUGUUUACCAGAUCAUCUUCUUAUCUUUCCACAGAGCUAUGACAUUUACCUACUGAACUUAAGUAACUUAAAAGAAGUAAAACUAAUUAAAUUGCACUACUGUUUUCCAGACUGGAAAAGUAUCUCUGCAAGCGAAACUAGGAUUUAUAAAUGACUGAGGAGAUGGGUCUUCACACUUUUAGAUCUUUUGGGGUUUUUAAGUAGAACCUAGGAUUUCUAAUUGACUUGAUUUCUGGAAAUGGAAACCCCACACUUUUUUUUAUGGGACGCUUCAUUAGAUGCAUUUAUUAUUAGAACGGUUCAAGUCCUGCUGUAAAGAUCUUGUUUUUCCCAGGGCUUUCACUGUGAUUUUACUGCAUUGCAGGCUGUAUGAUAAAAUAUAUAGAUAAUUUAACAAGAGAAGAGGCUCUUGAUUCCUUAUGCAAGUGAUGGAAUGAAACUUGAUUGAAGGACUUAAAAAAAUUCACAUGCUUACAAUGGGGAGGGGGAGAAUACAGGCACUUGUUUACAGACUUUGACAGACAAAGGAUGUUUGGUUUAUGAACAUUUGUACUAUGGUAAAGAUAAUAAAUUGGAGACAUUCUUGUG